UUUAUCCAUUUAAUUUCUGACUGUGUGCACCUUAUAUCGUAUGACACGCAUACGACUGAUACUCAAAUUUUUUCUAUGCUCACUACAGAAUAUCCAUUGGCACUCCUAGAGCAGCCAGAAUUCUACAGCUCCUGCAGAUCAUCCAUUUUGCACAGUCAUGAAUGAUUCUGACUUUGCAAACUUCAGAAGACAAAAUAUUGUUAGGAAGUUGCCAUUUUCAUUUAUGGCACUACCUAAAGAAACUGAUAAGAAUAAUGAUAACACCAUGAAAAAGGUGUGCUCACCUGAAGAAACAAGAAAAGAAUCAUCACUGUUGACUGAUAAAGAAAUGAAUGAAUUAGGUGCAAAAUUGCUGAAGGCAGAAAUGUUAGGAAAUUUAGAAGAGGUUGAAAAGUUGGAAUCAAAAUUGGAAGGGGCUAGGAAAAACAUGUUAUUUUCCUGA